CGGGACGGAGAGAGAGGGAGAGAGAGAGAGAGAGAGCCGGGUGUCAAUGUUAAGGUGACAUUAGAGGAGGCGGGGGCGGCGCCACGUAACCUGCGCAUUGUCCUGGGCGUAAGUGCGGUUGGUGCAUUGUGCGGAGAGCGCGGCGCGGGCGGCAGGGGCGCCGCCGAGAGGGAGAAGCCCCGCCGCCGCCGCCAUGGAAGGCAAGCCGAGCGACCAGCUGCUGUGCGACAGCCUCAUCCUCUGGUUGCAGACAUUUAACACUGCUGAAUCCUGCAGGGAAGUUCAGGACUUAACUAAUGGUGUUGCCAUGGCACAAGUACUUCAUGAAAUUGAUGCUGCCUGGUUUGACAACGCUUGGCUAAGCCGCAUUAAAGAAGAUGUUGGUGACAACUGGAGAAUCAAGGCUAGUAAUUUGAAGAAAGUUCUUCAAGGAAUUACCGAUUAUUAUCAUGAGUUUUUAGGUCAGCAGAUUUCAGAAGAUCUCCUUCCUGAUUUGAACCGAAUAUCUGAACAUUCUGAUCCAGUAGAGUUGGGCAGGUUAUUGCAGCUCAUUUUAGGCUGUGCAGUCAACUGUGAAAAGAAGCAAGAACAUAUACAAGUUAUAAUGACACUGGAGGAGUCUGUGCAGCAUGUUGUAAUGGCUGCUAUUCAAGAGUUAAUGAGCAAAGAAAUAGUGGGCCUUGUUGCAAGUGACUUAUCUGGUGAUCUGGAGCAACAGCUGAAAAGAGCGUUAGAAGAGCUUGCUGAUGUACUAGCAGAAAAAGAAGAACUGAAGCAGAGGUGUCAAGAAUUAGAUCUACAGGUUGCUGCUCUGCAAGAGGAAAAGAGCAGUUUGAUGUCUGAAAAUGAGAUCAUGAAUGACAGAUUGGAUCAACUUGAUGGUUCUCUUGAUGAUACAAAUACUGCAGUCGCAAAAAAAUAUUUCCAUGUACAGUUGCAACUAGAACAGCUGCAAGAAGAAAACUUUAGGCUUGAAGCUGCAAAAGAUGAUUAUCGUGUUCAUUGUGAAGAGCUUGAGAAACAACUAAUUGAGCUUCAGCAUCGAAAUGAUGAACUGACAUCUCUAGCAGAAGAAUCCAGGGCCCUGAAGGAUGAAAUUGAUGUUCUUAGGACAGUUGCUGACAAAGCAAAUAAGCUGGAAUCGACUGUUGAGGUGUAUCGUAAAAAACUGGAAGACCUGAAUGACUUUCGCAGACAGGUGAAAUCUCUUCAGGAAACAAAUAUGAUGUACAUGCAUAAUACAGUGAGCCUAGAAGAAGAACUGAAGAAAGCAAAUGCAGCUCGUGCACAGUUAGAAACUUACAAAAGGCAGGUUCAAGAUCUUCAUAACAAACUCUCAGAAGAAUCCAGAAGGGCUGAUAUACUGGCAUUUGAAAUGAAACGACUAGAAGAGAAGCAUGAAGCAUUAAUCAAAGAGAAAGAGAGAUUGAUAGUUCAGCGGGAUGCCCUGAAAGAGACAAAUGAAGAGCUUAGGUGCUCACAAAUGCAACAGGAUCACUUGAAUCAAACAGAUGUCUCUGCAGUAAGAAGUCAUGAAAAUCUUGCUGCUGAAAUUGUUCCAGUAGAAUACAGGGAAAUGUUCAUUCGGCUACAGCAUGAAAACAAGAUGCUCCACUUACAACAAGAAGGGUCUGAAAAUGAACGAAUUGUAGAGCUCCAAGAGCAGCUAGAACAGAAGCAUCGGUCAAUAAAUGAAUUAGAAACAGAAAAUAGAUUGAGCAAGGAGCGUGUUGGAGAGCUACAGCAGCAAAUUGAAGAUCUGCAGAAGACUUUGCAGGAGCAAGCAUCCAGGACGGAAGGAGAUGGGGUAGAUAGUUCCAGCAAGUUGAAAGAGAAGAUAGCAGCACAUAUGGAGAAGUUGAGUGAAGUCCACGAUGAGCUGCAGAAGAAAGAAGCUCUUCUUGCAGACCUCCAGCCAGACAUGAACCAAAAUGCACAAAAAAUUGAAGAACUGGAAGCAGCUUUACAUAAAAAAGAUGAAGAUAUGAAAUCAAUGGAAGAAAGGUAUAAGAUGUACCUGGAAAAAGCAAGAAGUGUGAUAAAAACUUUAGAUCCCAAAUUAAAUCCAGCAUCUGCCGAAAUCAUGUUGCUAAGAAAACAGUUGUUGGAAAAGGAUAAAAGAAUUGAAGCACUUGAGGGAGAAUGUAAAUUGGCCAAGCUGAAUGAUCAUGAAGAAAAAUUAAUUGUGUCAGCGUGGUAUAACAAGAGCUUAGCAUUUCAUAAACUGGGAAUGGAAUCCAGACUCAUAAGUGGGAACAUGGCAUACAAAGACAAUAGUUCCUGCCUACCGGCCCGCUCUUUUCUUGCUCAGCAACGGCACGUCACCAACACUCGAAGGACACUCUCCGUAAAAGUACCUCCUGCAACAUCAGAUUAAACCAGGGAGGAUAUUUGUGCACACAAGUGUCCUUAACGUAUUUUGUAACAUUUGUUUUGAACUACUUGACAAGGAAUGGGAUGCUGUGCAUCUGCUAUUUUACAGAGGAGACCUGUCUGGUGUCAAAUGUAAUUUGACCAACUGAUUACAGUUAGAGUUCCAUAACCAUGGAGCCCUUCUCUGUGGUUUCAUUUUUCUGAAUCUGGGGCAAAAUGGUCUCUUUGGGAAUUUGCUAGAUCUUCUAGCAUAAUUCUAUGGUAUGUUUCCCCCAGAAGUUACUAUAGAAUCAUGAUAGCAGACCUAGAAAAUUCCUCUCUAUGAAUCUGUAGGUUUUGCAGUGCAACUCUGUCGUAUGCUGGGAUCCAAAGUCAAGUGAUUUAAUCGUAUUUGGUUGUAUCUGUUGAUCAGGUAACUGCAGUCCGAUCAGGAAUGUAUGCAUCAUAGAUAUGGGGGUUUUACCAUAUAAGAAGCAACGCAGAUCUAAUUUUUCUAGAUUUAAAAAGAUUUGAACCUUCUAGAUUUAAAAAGAUUGGAGUUUUAAAGAGUUUAUAUUUGUCUUCCUGGCAACAUCACCAAUUCUGUUUAAUUAUUUCAGUCAAGGAUGAUUACUAAUUUUAACGGGAGUAAUUUUUUAAAAAUGUGAUCUCAGCAAAGAAAGGUAUUUUCCCACAAUUUUCUUCUACUAUUUUUUGUUUAAAAAACACCAAGUAUGACCAAAAGUUUUAAUACACAAUUGUCUUUCAGUAUUCAUGUUGCAGGAUUUGUUUGGUAUUUUGUUAAUUUUUAAGUUGUAAGAAAAAUACAACCAAACAUUAGUAGACAUAUGUCCUAAAAAUGUAGUCCAUCCAAGCCCUGUUGAGCCCUUGUUAAACAAAAGUAAUGAUUGUUUUAUGUAGAUACAUCAAAGAUGUUUCCCUUUUUAAAGAGGUGAAAUCAGCAUAGGCCAAAUGUCUGUGUAUUUGAAAUGAAUUAGUGUCUUUAAAAAUAAUCAUGUGGUUUUAAAUUACGGAAAUUUUGAAAGGUUGCAGAGUUAACCUUAACUUAGGAUUUUUUAUGACUUUAGGCCUGGGCCACAGGAUGCCUGGGCUGGCAUUGUGGGAUUGUGAGUCUCUUUACCAUACUACAAGCCGAAUAUGCAGGGUUAUAAUAUAUAAUUAUAAUACAUAUUGCCACACUACAAGCUGAAUAUGCAGGGUUGGACAAAAUAUCUGAGCACAUCCUGCUCCUAAAGGCAAAGCAGGGACUAUAGGCCUGGUUUCUGGAUCUUACUGGAUGGGUACCAAGAACUGGACUAUACCAUGUUGGCAACUUGAUGGCAUGGCCUUGUUUAUCAUUGCAUAAUCAAAGGCUUCUGUGAGUUUGUGUUUGUGUCGCUAUAUUAUUUUUUUAUAAAAGAUUAAUAAUGUCUUGUGAUAGAGGCCUUGGAAUAGGUUUUCUAUGAAGAUGUUCUCAUGGUCAAUUCUAAAACUUUAUAAACUCGUUUAAUAUAAAAUAUUGAUAUUUUAUAUAAUGUAAGCCAAUAGUCAGUUGUUUGCCCUGUGCCUACUAGUGAUAAAGUAGGCAGUUCUCCAGAAAAACCUUGUUUAGCAAUAAAGCAGCUUGUUUUUAAAGGAUUAUGCUGCACUCUUUAAAAUGAUUCAAUUAUUCAAGCUGAUGUGGUACAAUGAUUUAAAAUGCAAAAGUAUGUGUGAAUGCAUAUUCACCAAGGCAAAUGCAUGUUUGUUUUCAAAACUGAUGUUCUAUUAUGGGAAAUUAAAAGAAUUUCCCAGAAUAGCUUAUAUAUCGUGGACCAGGGUCUUGUGGCUGUAAACACAAUGUUUCAAAUUAUUUCAGAAUAUUUACCAUAGUUUCAAAGAAUUUAUACACUUCUGAUACUAUGAGUUCCGUCAUCGGAGCUGUGAAGUUUGCUGUGGAUCUACAGUUUAGAUUUUCCACUCUAUCAAAACUGUGGUGUUUUAUCUGAAGAAUUACAUGCUGUUCAGUUUAUACAGCACAUUUAAUUAUUAUUGCUUUAAUUUUAAUAACGGGAGCAGAGUGUUAGGCCUUACACGUACCUACUCAGCAGUUCUACUGAAUUCAGUAGGGCUUGCUCCCAAAUCAUGUGUUUAGGAUUAGAGCCUAAGCAUAUAUUGACAGAACGUCCAGUCCUCUUGUUUUUUAACAUCUCAUGAUCACCUCUUGAGUUUUCAGAUAGUUUUGUUCUGUUUAAUGUACUCCUUGUGUUUUCAGUAUCUCUCUGAACAUUUCCUCUGGUCUGAAUUUUGUAGGGAUAAAUGGCUAGUGCAGAUCUAGUGACAUGGUGUUAAUGAUAUGAUAUUUUUGUAUUUCCUUGUAAACAAAUACAGCUCUAAUUGCAACAAUUAGCUAUGCAUUGUCCACAGAUUAUGAGCACAAAAAUAUUUUUCCAGCAAUUAUCAUUUAUAAUAUACUACAUAUGACUUCUACUAGAAAAAUAAUGUUAACACCAAGGUGAAAGUUGAUUUCAAAUUAGAUUUCAAAUUAGUUGGGACCAAGUCCCUUGAAAGAAAUAAAAUUUUAACUUAGUUACUACUGCCUGAUUUCCAUUAGGCUUGGUCACAACCAGCCUGGGGUCUAAUAGUUGGGUACUGGCAGAUAAAUAUUUCUCACCUCUGAGUUCCUUUUCCUAACCAAGUUUCUCAAUUCUCAGGAGACCUUUUUUUUUUUGGGGGGGGGGGGGGGGGGGAAAUAGGUAACAAUAUUCUUUCCAAUCUUAUUCUCAGUACAGAGUUCACUGAGGAUUAAUCUAAAAACCAUGAUUUUGUUUUUAAAUAUAUGGGCGAUUAGUGCUGAAAUUACUGCAGUUCUUCACACAGAUGUUGCACGGGCUUUACAAACAUUAGAAAAUACCAUAGGUCUACCAUAUCCACUUGUGCUUCUUUCUUAGUGCAAUCAAUCAUGAAUAUCCCAGGAGACAUCUUAUUCAUUGCAUGUUAUUGGACAUGGCAACUGCAGAAGCAAUAGUUUUUGUGAUAAUUAUUUGCAACUCAGCUGUUUUUUUGUCUGCUUGGUAUAACAGUAGUCUUUAUAUUUGGAACUACCUCUUUUGACUAAUAAGCUUCAAUAGCAAUCACAUAUUUUGUUCACCAGCACCUGAACGCAUCUCUAUUUAACUGAGACAGGCUCACGUAAAGAGAAAUUGACCUGAAAUUAUUGAUUUUUAAAGAAAAAUACAUGAAUUAUCCUAAACUAUGAAACAAAUUUAUAUUAUUUAGCUUUAUACAGAAUAUUUAAUCCAGGUGGUGUUUGUUUUCUGUAUCGACUGCAUGGUUUUCCCCAUUAGAUUCAAGAGCACUUUCUUUGUAUAACAAUGUUAUGACUUGAUGCUGUACUUAAUUAUGUGAUAUGUGCUUUUAAUUAUUUUUAAAAACCAUGGACACUGAAAAAAAAGAGUUUAGGUUAAGAGCUUUGUUACCAGGCUAACACAUCCAGUAUAAUUAAUGACAUGUUUCUCUUCAAAAUGAAAUGUUCUAUUUGUUACCAGUAACCAUUUGAUUAGGAUCAUAUAACUGUAAGCAAUAUUCAUAUUUUCUUUUAAUAAGAAUAAAUGGUAGGUGUAAGUUUAUAUUUUCAAUCUAGAAUUAGCUUUAUAUUGUCGAAGGCUUUAUAUUUCCAGUUACAAUAACCUCUCAAAUGUAUACAAUCUCUGAUUUGAAAGCAAAUAGGCUGUAUAAAAUUGUGAGAAAAAAAGAAUUUGCACUAAUUUGUAAACAUGGUUUUAUUCUUUGUUCAAGAAAUAUUAUUUUGUAUCCACAUUUAAAAAAAACCUUUUGGCA